AAGCACUGCAAGAGAUGAAUCAGGCCGAUCUCCGAGUCAUGGCUACCCAAGCCGUCUGCACGUUCAUGCUCCUCGUGUCACUCCUCGGCUUUGGUUUCACAAACUUACUCACGACUAGCGAUCUCAAGGAGCGCCCGAAGGUCCCGUUACAAUUGCUUCGCUAUUGCAUGAUCGCAUUACAAGUCACCGCAGUGUUGGUCCUCUUGGCUUUCAUCCGGGAAGCCCUCAGGACGAGUCGACCUUGGGCCGGCUAUGUCAAUCUCCGUCCGGAGUGGUACAUCACGAUGGAUGGACUCAUGGUCUGCGUCCCGAUGAUACUUGUCAUUCUCCUCGACAGUACGGAUUGGUAUGGUCGUGUUCUGACGCAGCAAUCGACGACGCGGAUGAUGGAACCUAUUGUUCUCACGGUGGUUGAUCAUCGAUCACCUGCUCCCUGAAAUUUCCUCUGGCGGUAUCCUCUGGCUGGGAGAUUUGGACGAAUGCGAUGACGGAAACGUGUUGCUCGUGUCGAGCAUCACUUUGGUGGAUUA